UGCUCUCGCAAGCGACACACGCGUUCCCUCGGUCCCUGUUUCUUUGAGAUGGAAGUCAAUGCCGAGACGAGCUCGCAGGACCUGCUGUCAUGUGGCAGCAGAGGAGGUCUUCGCGACAAACUGCUCCUCAAACCCCAAGCCGGCAGAGCCCCGCAGACUAAGAGGGUCCCGAGAAGCAGCGUUUUGGACCGACUGCAGAGCUUCUUGCCACAGAUAGCCCAGGCCAAUGAGAAGCUAAAGCAGCAGAUGGACGAGUGUCCUCCCGGCCACUUUGACAUUGAGAGAGUGGAGGAGGCAGAGAAGGUGAUAGAGAUGGACGUGGCCCUCGUGGAGCUCAGCGGAUCGGACAGCGACUCGGCGGGGGAGACGUCGGAGGAGGAGGAGGAGAAGGAUUCCGACUCUGACGAAGAGAGCGAGGUCACAGAGGAGAACCUCAAACUGCCCGGUGACAAAAACGGGAAGAAGCGAGCCAACAUCCAAGUCUUGGACACGCAGGACAAUGAGGGUACAGUGGCUCCAGAGUGACGUCUGGGAGCAGUUUUAAUGAUGGCUGCACACAGGGCUCCUCUGCCCCGUCAAGCGACGUUGGUUACAUUUCUCACCCACGACAAGCCCGCUUAUCACUGAUGGUAAAACCGCUCACGUGUCAGUUAUCGAGAGAAUAUUGAGUUAUUAUGCAGGAGACCAGUGAAUGGAGAGUUCCCGUUUGGAGAGAUCGACGCCCUCCUCAUCCCUAUGGGAACAGUACUUUUUUUUUUUUUAAGUAUGUGCAGAGUUCAUGUGUGCCAGUAGGAGUUCAUGUCAUAGUGCCUUUGUACAACCCGAGACAUGCGGCUUCCCACCCGCAGACACCGCCAAUCGUGUCUGCAGGGACGCCCGACCAAGCCGGAAGUAACACAGGGAUUCGAACCGCCAAUCCCAGUGUUGGUAGGCAACGGAAUAGACCGCCACGCCACCUGACCUUUGACCGUUUUAUUUGUAAAUUGCAAACCAUUCGGCCAUGUUAUAAUGUUGACAGGAUUAUGAGUAGAUAUCAACGCUGUACAACUAAUGACGCUUUCCCACUGCACGGUACCGGCUCGACUGGACUCGCUUCUGUGUCGUUUUCCGUUACCGUAACAGCACCCCCCUCAGUGUAGCUGGUCGUCAUAGCGACGCCUGGUUAAACUGCUGGGACGUCAUCUUCAGCGGGACCAUUCUAAGAACGGCGGCGGACAUCGAGGGGAUACUGUACCUCCUCGACAGACCACGGCGUGGAUUUUCGGCUCUCCAUUUUGUUCAAUUUCAAAAUGUACUUUUAAGAUAACUCCGCUUCGGUAUCGGAAAAUGCCGGGUGAUAUCCCACGCGUGCAGUGAUGACGCAGUGAUGCAGUGACGCAUUUCUCUGACCAAUCAGAGGUCUGCAUUGAUUUCGGUACCCGCUCCAGUCUUUUUGGACCCUCGACAAAGGUGGUACCAGAAAAGUGGAAACCGUUACCAAAAUGCUGGUACUUCCCAGUAACGGAAAACGAAAAAAGGGCGAGUCGAGUCGAGCCGGUACCAUGUAGUGGAAACCUGUAUAAGUAUGUCAAGUUCAUCAGCCUUGAUGAAAUCAUUUCGCUGUGGGUGAAGUUUAGAAAGCGGCUGAGUUGAGGUGCUGCUUUAAAAAGACGGUCAGAAAAGUCGCGACACCACUUGGAUCUCCAGCCAUCAUCUGAACCGCUUAUCCUGCUCUCAGGGUCGUGAGGAUGCUGGAGCCUAUCCCAGCAGUCAUUGGGUGGCAGGCGGGGAGACACCCUGGACAGGCCGCCAGGCCAUCACAGGGCCCAUGCACACACAUUCACCCCUAAGGACAAUUUAGUACGGCCGAGUCACCUGACCUACAUGUCUUUGGACUGUGGGAGGAAACCGGAGCCCCCGGAGGAAACCCACACAGACAUGGGGAGAACAUGCAAACUCCACACAGAGGACGACCCACCAAGGUUGGACUACCCCGGGGCUCGAACCCGGGACCUUCUUGCUAUGAGGCCACCGUGCCGCCCCCUGCUUAGAUCUUACGGAGGCGAUAUUGGCUGAAACAUCCUCCCUUUAGAUGAAUAAAACCGGUUAUUUUUCUAAGCAA